UUACAUUCUUGGAGCCACAUCUGCUGACUUUUACCCUGCCACUACCCAUCAACAUCAUGAUGUAUAGCCUCGGAACUCCCGCAGAAGACCUGUUCAGUCUGCCUAAGUUGAUUUCCCCGAGAUGUCCGUCACGUGUGUGCUGGCAAUAUUUCUUACCCCUUGAUACGAGCAUAUUUGAUGUUGCUACAAGUAGCUGUGCUCGUCCAGACUCCAGCCGCCCCUUGUCCUCUUCUCGGCUCCCAUCUACUGCCUUUGACCUCUAAGCUAGUCUUCGCACCAUCGACAUGAGCGAAACCGCCGCCGCUCCCGACGUGUCUGAGCUCAAUGCGACCUUCGGCGUGCUCUUGAUUGGCUUCAUCUUCGCAGUCACUCUCUAUGGGCUCACCUUCUUUCAGACGUAUAUUUACUACUCUCGCUUCCCGUCUGACCCGACAUUCUCGAAGUAUACUAUUGGUCUUCUAUGGGCGGUUGACACGGCGACGACAACUCUCUUGUCGCAUACAUUGUACUACUAUCUGAUAACGAGUUUCAUGGCUCCCUUCGAUGAGCUUGACAUCACCAAGACGUUUGUGUCGGAGAACGCGCUCGCAGCGUUCGGAAUCUUCCUUGUCCAAGUUUUCUAUGCAUAUCGUAUCUACAUCGUGAAUGGCAAAAAUCCUGCUCUACCCGGUGUGAUUUCUCUGUUAGCGGUCGUCAAUCUUGUGCUUGGUAUCGCAUCUGCGGCAAAGAUUUCGCAGCAGCCGUUCUUCUACAAUUUCGUUGACCACGUUGUCGAGGUCCUCACUGGCGUCCAGUACGGUCUCAGCACGCUGUGCGACAUCAUCAUUGUUGGCGCGUUGCUAUACUACGUGACGCCUGCACGCUACCCGGGCAUGAAGUCGAUUGAGGGCUGGUAUGAGUAUAUCGCCGUGUUCUUUAUCAACCGCGGCACAUGCUUCACGCUGUUGCAACUCGUGUCCCUGAUCCUCUUCGUCUCGAUCCCCUCGCAACAAGUCUGGAUUCUAUUCCACUUCGUCACUAGCAAGACGUACAUCAACAGCUUGCUGCUCAUGCUCAACUUCCGCAACGUGCACCACGGCCGCGGCAUUGAAGAGGAACAGAGCAUGAACCAGCGUGACGUCAAGAGCAGCGGUGUUCUCUCUGGCAGCGGCAGCCGCAACCAGAGGAUCGACACUUCUCGCAGUGUGCAGUUCGGUGUUGUCGACACUGAAAGCAAGGCUGCCGCUAUGACCAUUGGCCUGGACACUAUCCAAUCCGGCACUGGUCUGGAGGAUGAUGAGGCAAGUGGACAGCUGUAUUCUCGCCGUUCUGCUUGA